CGGUGCCUAGCACCGGGCUUACGAGCGAAGAACGGCGUGAGGGCUGGAGGUGGGGGUGCAUUUCUGCACAUCUCAGGGAUCAGAGCCCUGGAGGCGGCGGCUGAGAAAGUCCACAGCGCUGGCACUUCUAGGCGUGUGGGCGGGGACUUAUGUAGAGCCCGCAGCCGCUCUAAUGAGGGUGCCCCCACCCACGCUCCUCUGAAGGGGCGCGCCGGCUCUCCACCCUCCUUCCCUCCCCCCCUACGCCCAAUCCCACCUUCGCUGGCUCUCCCGGAGCCUCCAGGUCAGCCGGGAGGCGUGGCCCGCAGACGGCCCGCCCCUUGAUGUGCGCCGGCGCCGCUGUGAUUGGACAGUCGCUUGUGACGUGCGGGGACUGCGGUGGGCCCGGGUGCUGCGGCUGCCGCAGCGCUAGCCGCGGCUCCGGCUCCGGCUCCGGCUCCCGGGCAUUUAAAGGGGACGCGGCGGCGGCCGGGGGGAUGGGGGGCAGGUGGAGAGGACGGGCCAGACGCACAUCAUCCACGGCCCCUCGGGACUGGAGGGACUCGUGAGCCGGAGCCCAGAAAUCCGGGGGUGGAUAAGACACCGCGUCCCCCCCAAUUCCCGUAAGCACCCCUUGCUCCAUCCUGCGCCCAAAUACCUCAGCUAGCCCCUCUCCCCACUCCUUGCACUCCAAACUCAGCCGGGACAGACCUCUACCGCCGCCGCUCCCCAACCUGUGCGAGAGGCUCAGAGAUCCUGCCCCCCUUUUCUCUGAGGAACUCUUUUUGGUGACCACAAAAGGAUUUGAUCACUCAGGACAAAGCUGCCAGAGGAGCUCUGGACGACACCUGGAGGCCAACCGAGUCCCUACAGGUGGUGCCCAGGGUGAUGCACCGACAAUGAGCGGGUGUUUUCCAGUUGCUGGCCUCCGAUGCCUGUCUAGGGACGGCGGGAUGGCCGCGCAGGGCGCGCCUCGCUUCCUCCUGACCUUCGACUUUGACGAGACCAUCGUGGACGAAAACAGCGACGACUCGAUCGUGCGCGCCGCGCCGGGCAAGCGGCUGCCAGAGAGCCUGCGCGCCACCUACCGCGAGGGCUUCUACAACGAGUACAUGCAGCGCGUCUUCAAGUACCUGGGCGAGCAGGGCGUGCGGCCGCGGGACCUGCGCGCCAUCUACGAGGCCAUCCCCCUGUCGCCGGGCAUGGGCGACCUGCUGCAGUUUGUGGCCAAGCAGGGCGCCAGCUUCGAGGUUAUUCUCAUCUCCGAUGCCAACACCUUCGGCGUGGAGAGCGCACUGCGCGCCGCCGGCCACCACGACCUGUUCCGCCGCAUCUUCAGCAACCCGGCGGGGCCCGACGCGCGGGGGCUGCUGGCGCUGCGGCCCUUCCACACGCACAGCUGCGCGCGCUGCCCCGCCAACAUGUGCAAGCACAAGGUGCUCAGCGACUACCUGCGCGAGCGGGCCCACGACGGCGUGCACUUCGAGCGCCUUUUUUACGUGGGCGACGGCGCCAACGACUUCUGCCCCACGGGGCUGCUGGCAGGCGGCGACGUGGCCUUCCCGCGCCGCGGCUACCCCAUGCACCGCCUCAUCCAGGAGGCGCAGAAGGCCGAGCCCAGCUCCUUCCGCGCCAGCGUGGUGCCCUGGGAAACAGCCGCCGACGUGCGCGUGCAUCUGCAGCAGGUGCUGCGGUCGUGCUGAGAACGGCGGCCGGCGGGGGCGCCCGGGCGGGGAAGGCGCGAGGAGGGGGGAGAUGGGAAAGACAAACCUAGUUUUUCUUACUCCCUUUUCCCUUUCGCUUUGGUGUGCCCCUCCGGGAAUUUCUGGAAUUCCGGGCUCGUCCAUUUGGAGGCUAGGGGAGGGAGUUCGGAGCAGUCCGUAUCUACGUAGUUAACCCAGUUCGGUUGCCCCCCUAGUUCCUCUGCAAACGGUCAGAUUCUGGAGUCUGGCCCCACUGAGGUGGUACGCAUACAGGGGAAGGCAGUAGUGUUUCUAAAACCCUUGUAAGGCUCUCUUACAGGGGAGAGAAGGAACAUCUCCCACUGCUGUAACCUUCCGUCUCCCAGAUCCUGAAAUCCUCCUGGCUGCACCUGACUCUCCGCCAACGGCCCCAGGCCUAGAUCUUGCUUCACCUACCGCCACCCCACACUCCAACCCUUUUCUUGCCUCUCUUCCCCCACCCACCCCGCCAGCAUCCCCAAAGGGAAAAAAAGCCCGAGGGAACAGUCGCCUCCUGGUGGUGGAACGAGGUAGCACACUGUCCAGCUUGGGGCCGGCCAGCCAGGGACCUCGCAGCGUGGGGUGGUGUCUCCUGGCACCCCAGCCUCGUCUAUGCAGCAAGAGACCAGGGACUUUACCAAAGUCGCCUCGCGGGCUGGGCCCUCUGCGCCCCCCUCCUCCCGUGUGGAACAGAAAGCCAUGAUAUUUUAAAGCAGAGCCAGCGGAACCCAAGCCCCUCCUCCCUCUUUGGUGUUUUAGAGCUAUAAAGGAGGUGAAGGGGGAAGAGGUGACUGAGAUCUCUCGCGCCGCAGUCUAAGGGGUGAGGGUGAGGUGGUCUCUGCUCUCAGAGAGCCCCACUUAAGUGAGGGAGUUAGUCCCCACUCUUGGAGGAGUGCCCAGCUUAAGGAACCAAGACUGAACACAUAACACACAGCAAGCAACAGGCCGAAGAACAAGGUGCAGUCAAUCGUUGCAGAGAGGCAUCAGGGGUCUAGUGUAGAGGGCACCUAAUGAGGACCCAAGAAAUGGGAGACACGGCUGCUAGGGGCAGGCAGAGGAGGGCUCAAUAAUUAGCAGGAGGCUUAAAACUGGGAUGCCUUUCAAUCCCUCCCGUCUCUGGCCCCCUAGCCCUGCAGGGCAGUUGUCAAGAGGGUCAGAGUUUUAUUCAGAGUUGGCACUUGCAGCUGGAGACCCCACCCUGCGUGGAGUAGGGGUCCUCUCCUGUCUACUUGGUGGACAAGGUCACCAAACUCCUUGGCUUUCAGUUCUUUCCUGUCUGCAGCAGGCCUCCGGGUACCUCUCUCCCCAGGACCCCUUCCCAUCACAGUGUGGGAAAGGGGCAGACACAGCUCACAGCCCAAGAGGUGGGCAGG